GCGAGGAGCGCGGGUGCGGGGCGCGCAGCAAGAUGCUCUCGGCGGCAGCCUUGGUGUGCGUGUGUGCAGCAGCCUGGUGCAGCCCGGCGGCGGCGGCGGCGGCCGGGGGCAGACCGGACAGCGGCAAUUUUCUGGACGAUAAACAAUGGCUCACGACCAUCUCCCAGUACGACAAGGAGGUCGGGCAGUGGAACAAAUUCCGAGACGAAGUAGAGGAUGAUUAUUUUCGUACAUGGAGUCCGGGUAAACCAUUUGAUCAAGCUUUAGAUCCGGCUAAAGAUCCAUGUUUGAAGAUGAAAUGUAGUCGCCAUAAAGUCUGUGUUGCACAGGAUCAACAAACUGCUGUUUGCAUUAGUCACCGAAGGCUUACGCACAGUAUGAAAGAGGCUGGUUUAGGCCAUAAACAGUGGAGGGGUGGUCCCAUUUCAUCAAACUGCAAGCAGUGUCCAGUAGUUUAUACCAAUCCUGUUUGUGGAUCAGAUGGUCACACAUACUCAUCUCAGUGCAAAUUAGAGUAUCAAGCCUGUGUCUCAGGAAAACAAAUCUCAGUGAAAUGUGAAGGACGUUGCCCUUGCCCUUCUGAAAAGUCCACAAAUGGAGCCAGAAGUGAUAGGAGAGUGUGCAGUGACCUGGAAUUCAGGGAAGUAGCGAACAGAUUGAGAGACUGGUUUAAGGCACUUCAUGAAAGUGGAAUUCAGAAUAAGAAGACUAGGAUUGUUCAAAGGCCUGAAAGAACCAGAUUUGAUACCAGCAUUUUGCCAAUUUGCAAAGACUCCCUUGGCUGGAUGUUUAAUAGGCUUGAUACGAACUAUGACCUGUUGUUGGACCAGUCGGAACUUGGAAGCAUUUACCUUGACAAGAAUGAACCAUGCACCAGGGCGUUCUUCAAUUCUUGUGACACAUACAAAGACAGUUUGAUAUCUAACAAUGAGUGGUGCUACUGCUUCCAAAGACAGCAAGACCCACCUUGCCAGACAGAACUCAGCAACAUUCAGAAGCAGCAAGGAGGAAAGAAGCUCCUAGGGCAGUACAUCCCCUUCUGUGAUGAAGAUGGGUAUUACAAACCAAGUCAGUGCCAUGGAAGCAUAGGGCAGUGCUGGUGUGUUGACAGAUACGGUAAUGAGGUAACAGGAUCCAGAACAAAUGGUGCAGCAGAAUGUGCUGUCGAUUUAGAGACUUCAGGUGAUUUUGCCUCUGGCGAUUUCCAUGAAUGGGCAGAUGAUGAAGAUGAUGAAGAUGAACUAAUGAAUGAUGAAGAUGAAAUUGAAGAUGAUGAUGAAGAUGAAGGAGAUGAUGAUGUUGAUGAUGACGAUGAUCAUGAUGGAUAUAUUUGAUGAUAUUAGAGGGUCCAUGUAUUGUACCUUUCUAAGUUUCAUGAGAUGACAUUUCAUAAAAUCCCUUUGCUCUCCGUGAUCAAAAGGGUACUAACAAAUAUGUAUAUUUUGUAUGAUUAUUUCAAACAUUGCAGCUGGAGUCAUAGACUUUUUUCUUUAAAUAAGAAUAAUUAUAUUAUG